AUUGCACAAUUCACCGCAUGCUUUCGAUCCAUCCUUUCUACAGUUGGCGCGGCUUCAGUGAUAAAGCCGGGAGAAAAACUGGUCUCGAAAUGGAGCUUUUAGGACAGUUAAACGACAUUGAAAGAUCUUACGAAGACCUAGACGGGUUGGAGUGUUCUCCUGUUCAUGCGGAGUUGACCAAGCGAAUGAGGAAGACGCUCUACGCUGGCAAAGCCGAUUCAGGGGGAAUUUCUCUUCCACUUACUGACAUUGUGGUGGAGUUAUUUGAGAAUGUGGAACAGGGUCACUUUGGACAAUUGAGCAAGAGACAUGUGGCAAACUUAACCAGGAGAUCCAAUGCCACUCAAUGUAGUCUCUUUCUCAGUAUGAUGUACACCAAGCGACUACGUGAAUGCAACCCUGAGUAUGUGACUAGAAUCAAGCCUGCCGAACUGUUCCUUGUGUCCAUGAUGAUUGCAACCAAGUUUCUGUAUGAUGAAGGGGAGGAGGAAGAAUUGUACAAUGAUGAAUGGGCUGAGGCAGCGAAAAUUGACGUGAACCGAGUGCAUGAUCUGGAGAGAGAGUUCCUUGCAGCCAUUGAUUGGAAGCUUCUGGUCGAUCCUUUGGAUUUCUAUGAAUUUUUGCUUGGAGUUGAGACAAGGAUUGCACUGAGCGAAGGCAGAAAAAGAGGCUGGUUUAGCUACACGGACCUGAGUGUUUUGAUGCAGCAUCCUGCGUGGUGUGAAGCAUGCUGUGCAGUGAUGCAUCACAUGGUCAAGGUUUUAAGUAUAUGCAUGCUGGUCUACAGUCUGUGUGCUGCCACUACCAUGUGGUCUGCAUUGCUUCUGCAUCAAGCCAGUAUUCCCUCUCAACCGACCAAUGGAUGCCUGCCUUUGCCCCUCGGACCCCAUCUAGCCAAGUCGACUGAGUCCUUCCACAUCUACAACCAUCUCUUGCUUGACCUGGUGCUGCAGCUCUACAUGCACCAGGACCCUGGAAUGCCAUCGGUCUUGUCCUCUGACUUCACAACCCCUCACUGCUCUGUGCCUUGGUAUGAACGGGAGCACCAGGCUCUGUCAAGAGAAGGAAAGCUACUUGAGUCACCUGACGAUGUUUCCCAGCAGGCUUCGGGGGAGGAUACAUGUCAGCAUUGCUUGAACCAGCAAAGGAUACAAGAUGGUGGACUGCAACAGGGUAGCAGGAAGUGUUGUGCUCUGUCCAAUUCCUGGUCCUGGCGAGAUCACAAGCUGUCGACCAAGAUCACAAGGCUGAGAGAAUCCCUGGUGAUGUUCUACAGUGCCUUGCUGACAGCUUGGUCAGAUCAGCCUCCCCCUGUAGCCUUCUGGUCCGACCACGACAUCCUGAACCGCCGUUUGUCUUCCAAGUUGAUGCACCCUACUGAGGCAUGCACGCAUUGCCAACAGCAAUCAACAGCCAAUCAGAACUCUACCCAUAGUGCCUUGGGAGAACCCCAUGAAGCCUGUUGUCAGACAUUUGAGACGUUCCCUGAGCGAGAUCCACUCCAAGACCCAAGAUGCUCCCAAACCUCUUGCAGGGAUGAGAAGAGGGUUAUGCCUUCCCUUCUGUCGGAUCCAAAUGGUGGUUUUAGAACCAGUUCUGAAAUCUUAGUCACAAUGUGAGAGCAACUAAGGGGGUGUUCAAGUUUUAAAAGCAUACCAUAACCUUAUAAACGUCUUCCUGAUGAAAGCACUUUCAUGUUGUCAGUCAGAUUGCUGUGUUUUACGUACGUAAACUAGUCUUGUACCAGUGAUCACUCAAUGUUUUCUGCAUCAAUUAAAAGCAGAGGAUAAUUUAAGUUUUUUUAAGUUUAAUAUGUUUUUGUUUAUGAUUUUAUGAAUCUUAACAUGUACUCAUUGUAAAAUCUAAAUCAUAUAAUUUUUGUGAUUUUUGCCCCUAUGUUCAUUCUUCUGAAAGAGGAGUAGAAAGUUCACAAAAUAUGUCUCUAAGAAAAAUUCUCUUUAAUGGAUCCCUUACUCUUUGUUGCAACAUGAGCAGUGGAGUUCCGAAAUUAAAAUACUAUUGUAAGAAAUCACUUUGUAAAUUGUUGCUUAAUUUCCAAACAAUUCAAAUUUCAAUGGUUUGCUAAUUUCCAAGAUUGAAUUGUGCUACUGCAUCUCUGGUUCUUUGGGUGCAAUUUGAAGGAAAAAAACCAAACACCAGAAUGUUUUGGAAACCAGAAGUCUUCCAUUUACAUUGUUGUGUUUUAAGUCGUGUGCAUUUCACAUGAAGUGCAUAUAAUUUCAAAUUGGUUUGAAGUGAUUGUGAUUAUGUUUUAUUAGAUUUAUCCAUAUUUACUAUUUUGUAGGAUUUAUCUAUUUUUGUUUGUUUAUUUAUUGAGCCUCAUUUAACCAGGAUAGCUCUAUUAGUUAUCAAAGAAAUGUUCUCCCUGAAGGCCCUUUCGGUCUAUACAUGGAAAUGUACUGAAUUUUUUGUUGGUGACCUGCCCUUUGUCCAGUAUAAGACUUUUGCCCCCAAGAACUUAAACCUCAGAUUUACUGCGGAGUAAUCCUUGAAGCAUUUGCUGUCAUGUAAUGACAUCAAGAUCAAAGCAUUCUACAUUUUAUGUUAAAGGGGGCUUGCGCAAACAUGCUUUCGGUUGUUUUGACAUUAAAAUACAAAAUUGUAGUUUGUGACCAACAUUACAACUUCCAUUUUGCCCUGUUUGGCAUAAUAUUGCAUUUGCUUGUUUGUCAAUGUGACCUUCACGUGGAAAUCGAAAAUUCUGCAACCGCCGGUCAGUGACAGGUAGUUGACUGUUUUCACUUUUCUUCAUGUGGUGGUCUUUGAUGUUAAGGCAGAAAUUAAGAAUCACUUUAUACUCUUCUUAUCCUCGUGUCACUGUGAUGUGUUGGUAACGUGAGACAUAAUUCUUCCAUACACCAAUGAAGAAAUGUGUUUCGGAUAUUUUCUUUUGGUAACGUAGAAUGAUUGAACAUUUCUCAAAUCGUUCCUUGAGGUUUUUGCUUCAUUUUACUUCAUAUUUUACGUAUAGUUGGGUCAGGUGAUUACAUACAUGAAUGUAUUAUUAAGAUUACUGCUUAUUUUGUGGAUUUAAAAAAAACCCUGUCAAGCAGCGUAGAUUCAGUAAACCAUAAUGUUCUGUGGAGUGCAAGACAUGAUGCUGAACUGGUUUGUGCAAGUAUUCUGUAGCGGAAGUACGGGGGGGGGGGGGGGGGGGGGGGGGGGGGGUGGUACCCUGGGUUUUUUUUGGGGGGGCACCCUGUAUAUGGUCGUUAUGUGCUACACGCCAUAAAUGCAAAUACAAUGUACAUAUACUUUGAAACUUUCAGCUUGUAAACGGAGCACGUUGAGUUCUCGAACCGUUGCACAUUAGAGUUUUUAACCAUAAGUGCAACUCAUUUGCCUUUUAGUAGUGUAGACCUUAUGUGUUAAGGUGGAGUUAGAGGGGAAUGAGUAUGUAUCGCAGCGAUAGGCACGAGUAAAUAUUCUGUGCAUUCAUUGUCAACAAUGGUAAAGAAUACCCUCUGAGACACCGUCAAUUCAACUGUGCAGCACUUUUACAUAUAACAUUUAAUUUAUUAACACUCGCAUGUCAUCUAGAAGCCACACUAUGUGUAUCAUUUUUUUUAUUAACAUAUACAGCCAUAUUUAUUUCAAGGUAUUGUAGUUGUAUGCACAGGUACGUAUUUAAUACUGACAAUGUUUUUUGGAUUAUUUGCUGUCUCUAUUUUCUUUGGAAAAUGUGAACAAAUUAACAAACUAAUCACAUUCUCCCACAGAUUUUGAUAGUCGUACAUGUACUUUGAACAGUAUUGUUUCGAAACACUUGAGUUUGACUGCAAUUCUUUCUGUUUUUUAUUCUUAUUUUGGUCAAUAAAUACAUAUGGGAGUGUUACAAAAGAAGGAUUACAUCCCGCUUUUUUGUUAAUGUAAACAAGCAUGAGUUUCUGAAGUACAUUAUGAAUACAGAUGGGAAAAGACAUUUUGGCCAAAUAACUUCACAUUCGGAAACAAACAUUUGGAGACCGUCGACUAAAAUUGUUGGAAAGAACAAUUACUUCUUUUUUAAUCUAUCCCUUGCUGCCAGACCUCUUCUGUUCAAAAAGUAAUAUUAAAUACGCCCAGCGUGCCUGGUGAAAAUAAGGCCUUAUUACUGGACAGAUGAUACGUUAUUUAUUAUAUAUUUUCCACCGGCUUGCAAUGUAUCCGUGUCAGUGAAGAACCUUAUGGUAUGGAAAGACAAUCAAUUUCUUAUAAGAUCUUAAAAAUCACGUCUAGUGUUCGUUAAUUAACCACAUUUUAGUCCUUAUUGCAGGUAAUUCGGCACCAUCGCGUGCGGUGAAGCAGAUUCGAUUAUGUGUCGUGUACUAUUAACAGAUACAAACGAAAACAUGAGAAAUCCAGGUGUGUGACAAUGAGCAGAGUGCUUGUGAAGGACUUUGUUUUCAAAUUCUUGUCGAUUUUGCCGUUCAUGUUUUUGCUGUCUAUAAAGGCGUUCAUCGUUGUCUUUAUGCAGAAAAUGGUUUGAUAAGUGUUAUAUAGGGAACUUCUUUUAGGGAACUGAUGAAUGCCGGAAUUAGAUAUUUAUUUUGUUUUCUUUUUCUGUUUUUUUUUCUGUGCGCGGUUUAACAUGUUUUGUAUUAACAUAUACAUGUACAGCCAUAUUUAUUUUAAGGUAUUACUUGUAGUUGUAUGCACAGGUACGUAUUUAAUACUGACAAUGUUUUUUGGAUUAUUUGCUGUCUCUAUUUUCUUUGGAAAAUGUGAACAAAUUAACAAACUAAUCACAUUCUCCCACAGAUUUUGAUAGUCGUACUUUGAACAGUAUUGUUUGGAAAGCACUUGUGUUUGACAGCAAUUCUUUCUGUUUUUUAUUCUUAUUUUGGUCAAUAAAUACAUAUGGGAGUGUUACAAAAGAA